AUGUCUUCCGGAAAACCAUCUCCGACGCCCUGGAAGCCAGGACUCUACCCGCCAGCCAGGCGCGAUGACCAUGUUGAUGUGUACAAGAGUGCAAAGCACGGAGAGGUCAAGGUUCAUGAUCCAUACGUUUGGUUAGAAACCCCCAAUGACGAACAGCGAACCUGGAUCAACGAUCAAGUUGCGAUGACGAAUGAGUAUCUGGAUAGGAUUCCUGAGCGGAGCAAACUCAAAGAUAUUUUGAUGCAAAACAUCAACUUUCCUAGGUUCGGACCACCUGCUUUCAAGGGUGAUAAGCGCUGGUACUGGUACUAUAACACCGGUCUACAAGCUCAGAGCGUGUUGUACCGAUCAAAGGACGAACGUCUGCCCGACUUCUCUCAAAAGGACGAUGGCCCAGGAGGAGAAGUUUUCUUUGACCCCAACCUCUUGUCCAAGGAUGGCACUUCGGCGUUUGCGGUGACGGCGUUCUCACCCGACGGAAAAUACUUUGCAUACGGCAUAUCUGUGGCUGGUUCGGAUUCGUUUACCAUCUACGUGCGGAAAACAACGGAACCAUUCAGGCAAGAGGGAGAUGACCGACCGGACCACCAAGCCAGUGAUAUACUUCGCUACGUCAAGUUCUCUUCAAUCGAGUGGACGUAUGAUAAUAAGGGCUUCUUCUAUCAACGCUUCCCGGACAGGGAAUCUCACGGAGAGCUUAAUUCUGGGAAAGCAGGUACUGAAACAAAUAAGGAUCUCAAUGCAAUGAUAUGCUAUCACCGCCUGGGGACGCCACAGGCCGAGGAUAUCCUCGUCUGGAAGGAUGAUGAAAAUCCCGAGUGGCUUUUCGGUACGCAGGUCACCAAGUCUGACGACGGCAAAUAUCUCGCACUCUACAUUUCCAAGGACACUGCUCGACAACACAAAUUAUGGAUUGCCGAUCUAACGCAGAAUGAUAUUGGUCCCGAUAUCAAGUGGAUCAAGCUCGUCGACGACUUUGAGGCAGACUUCACAAUCCUCGGAAACGACGGCACCAAGUUUUAUCUGCAAACAACAAAGGAUGCACCGCGUGACAAGGUCGUCUCGGUGAAUAUUGCAGACAGUAAGCCGACUUUCGUGGAUUUGAUCCCCGAGGAUCCCGAGGCGAAUAUCGAGUCGGCCGUUAUAGCUGGGGAUCAUUUUAUUGUUACCUAUACACGAAACGUACAAGACGAGCUCUAUCUUUAUUCGAAAUCAGGUGAACGGCUACAACGACUGCUUCCGAACUUUGUUGGAUCCAUCGGCGUGUCUGCAAAAGAAAAUGAGUCCUGGUUCUUUGUCACGGCGACAGGGUUCACAACUCCAGGAACUAUCUACCAUUAUGAUUUCAAGGCCCAAGACCAGAAAGGUCUCCAACUAUUCAGAGACACCCAGGUCAAAGGAAUCAAAGCCGACGACUUUAUUGCUCACCAGGAAUGGUGCACCUCGAAAGACGGCACUCGUAUUCCCAUGUUCAUCGUCAGACCAAAAGGCGUCGAGAAGGAUGGAACAGCACCCGCGAUCCUCUACGGUUACGGCGGCUUCUCGUAUUCAAUCACGCCUUCAUUCUCGGCCACAAAGCUCACGACAAUCAAGUCCUACGGCAUGAUCUCCGUCAUAGCAAAUAUCCGAGGUGGGGCAGAAUUUGGCGAAGAGUGGCAUCUAGCUGGAACGAAAGAACGCAAGCACAAUGUGUUUGACGACUUUAUUGCGGUCGCAGAGCAUCUUACAAAGACUGGCUGGGCCGCACCGGGCAAAAUAGCAAUCAACGGCGCAUCAAACGGUGGACUCCUCGUCGCAGCAUGCUUGAACAGAGCACCUCCAGGUACAUUUGGCGCAGCCGUCGCAGAAGUCGGUGUGCUCGACAUGCUCAAGUUUGCAGACUUUACGAUUGGAGAAGCGUGGACGGCGGACUAUGGUAACCCGCACAAGCCAGACGAAUUUGACUACAUUUACCCAAUCUCGCCGCUGCACAAUGUCCCGGAUCAAGAGUUUCCACCGACGUUGCUCAUGACUGCGGACCAUGAUGAUCGCGUCGUACCUCUGCAUACAUUCAAACAUGCAGCAACUUUGCAGCACACACUGUCCAAAAACCCUCACCCACUCCUGGUCCGUAUCGAGACUUCUGCUGGACAUGGGGCUGGAAAGUCUACUGAGAAGAUAAUACAAGAAGCGGCCGAUAAAUGGAGCUUCGUGGCAUACUCAAUGGGCGUGCCAUGGAAAGACUCAGAGUCGCGUCCAGCAAAGGAUGAACUGUAA